CUCAAAGCAGGCUUGCAGCUGAAGCUCUUUUUCUUCUCCUUCCUCCUCUUCUCCGUUACAGCAAAUGUAGUUCUGGAUCCAGACACAGCCCAUCCCAGCCUCCACCUCUCCAAGGAUCGUAAAAACAUCAGCGAGGUUUUUGAAGAUCAAUGCCGUCGCAAAACCCCCAAGAGAUUUGAAGAGUGGGAAUAUGUCCUUGGCUGUCAGGGGUUCUCAACAGGGAGACAUUUCUGGGAAGUUACUGUAGAAAAGAAGGGGGAAUGGGCUGUCGGGAUUGCCAAACAGUCAGUGAACAGGAAGGGUGACAGCGAUCUUUGUCCUGAGGGAGGGAUUUGGGAGAUUGGGACAUGGGGAGGGACAUACCAGGCCAACAUUCCCCCAGAAUGCCCCGAACUUCCCCCCACUAAGAAUCCGAAGAAGAUCCGAGUCUCUCUCAAUUGUGAAGGGGGACAGGUGACCUUUUUUGAAGCCGAGACUGCAGCCCUGCUCUACACAUUCUCAGAAGCUCCCUUGGCUGGAGAGAGCCUUCUGCCCUCCUUCUUUCUUUGCCUCAAUGCCUGCCUGACACUCGCUCCCUAAAAGUGGGGACAGACAUGGAGAAAACUUUGGAAAAAUCCCUAUUUGCCAGGUAGGGAUCUCUGAAAGCCCGUAGAGCAAAUUCGUACAGAAAUAAAUACUGCCCCCAUGGGAAAUUGGCUGGGGGGAGGGAGGAUCUACCUACACAGAACCUGUGUUAAAACUCUGCCUCAUGAGGACCAGAUGGAUUACCUGCAUCUUCUUAGAAAUGUUUUGAAGAUUAACUGAUAAAACCUUUGCAAAAAAUGAUGAAUUCUAUUUUGGAAAAGGGAUGCAAUCCAGAAAAUUGGAAAGGAGCAAGUAUUGCUUUAAUUCAUAAAGACAGGAUCCUGCUUUACCAAAGAAACGAUCAGUCAAUUUUUUACUGAACAAUUACUGUAAAAUAUAUACUAUGGUUUUAGCUGAACAGGUCUCACCUGCUGGCCUGCUUGCCUGGGGCUCUGCCUCUUCCCUGUUCUUGUCACGUGAGGUCCUCGCUUAACGACUCACACGGUCCUGGGCCAGGACUGCCAGGAUUGCCGUCACUAAGAGGUGUGGUCACGCAAUGUUGUGCUUUAGAACCGCAUUGUUAGGUUAAAAUAUAGAUGUUAAUUCUAGUAUGUGUUAAACUUGCAAAGGAGUUUCUGAGAAGAGACAGAAAAAAUGAUGAGAAAUUGAUUUUUGUGGCACUAUUUGAAGAGAUUAAAAUCAAGAUUUUUAAUCUGUUGCUGUGUCUGGUAGCACUUCAUGGAUUCUUUUU